AUGUAAAGUCUUUAAUAUGGAUCAGUUUAUAUUAUCACAAAUGCACUAUUAGGGUGGGUUGAAUAAACAAGUAGCUAUUUCCUUCCAUAUGUAAAUAAAAUAUUGUAAACCGAAAAAAUAUAAAUAAUAUCUGCAAGAAGUAAAUACGAAUAAUAUUUCCCAAACGACCAUUUAAAAUGGAAAAUUGAAGCUUUUAAAGAUUUAUCUAAUUAUUUUGAUAAAUAAAUUAUUACUAAUAUAAUAUGUAUAGGAGAUUCACAUAUUGAAAUGUAAGCUUCUCAUCAUUUAAGCAAAUUGUUUUAAGUUUUUCUUGUAAAAACUAUAAAAUUAAAGGCUUAACCUAGAAUUGAUGAAUUAGUAAAGUAACUUUAAUUAAUUGAUUAAAAUUUUGAAUAAAUUUAUAAAGAAUUUAAAAAUCUUAAAAUAAAAUUAGAAAAGUAAUUAUUUUUAUUUUUUAAUUUUAAAAUAAAUAUAUAAAUAUAUAAAAAAUAGAAAAUAUUGAUUAUCUUCAAAAUUUUGUAAAUAGAUACAUAAUAAAUAUAUUAAUAAAUAAAUAAAAAAUAUUAUAUUUAUAAAUUAUUAUCCUCAAUAUAUAUAUUUAUUUUGAUAUAUUAAAAUAUAAAAUGA